ACAGAGAGAGACGCUGAGAAGCAACAUUUGGAUGAGUUUGACCCAUUGCACUUGUCUUUUAUAUUGGAUGAUGCUGGGGGUAGUGUUUUCAACGCAUUUGAGAAGCACAAAAGCAAGAAAACUGGUUUCUGGAUACUUGAUUGUUUGAACAUUGCGCCAUACCUAUUCGAGGUCAGGGCACACUGAAACAUUGAAAAGAACAGCACGAAACAGCCACUGCAGCUUCUGCUCCCCGAAACAUUCACUUAUUUCACCUACAAGCGUGAGCGAAGCAGCGCCGUCUCCGCCUCGCCGAAGCCCCGUUCUGCGCCGGGGACACCGGGUUCAAUACCGAGUUUCAGAGAGGCGUGAAAGCCGCCACACUCGACACACAACAGAUAUCACGAAAUAACCUUAAAAGGAUUUAGUUUUCUGUAAGGGGACGUAAAACGUAAAAAUGACGUCUGGAGCGGAAAGAAGGAUCGAAACCCGACUGAAAACACUGGAAGCUUUGAUUAAGGAUCCGAGGUCGGCGAUGAACAUGGAAAGUCUACUUGACUCCAUGAAUGCUCUGGUUCUUGAUCUGGACUACCCUGCACUACGGAAAAACAAAAAUGUAGAAGCAUUUUUAAAACGAUAUGAGAAGGUGAUGGGAGACCUGAGGGAGCUGCAGGUGAGGACUGAGGACUUUGAUAAGGUGAAAGUGAUUGGCAGGGGAGCCUAUGGUGAAGUGCAGCUGGUGCGCCACAAAGCAUCUCAGAAGGUUUACGCCAUGAAGCUGCUCAAUAAAUUUGAGAUGAUCAAGCGCUCUGACACCGCCCUUUACUGGGAGGAGCGUGACAUUAUGGCCUUUGCUGACAGUCCCUGGAUUGUCCAGCUGUGCUGUGCCUUUCAAGAUGACUUGCACCUCUACAUGGUAAUGGAGUACAUGCCGGGUGGAGACCUGGUCACCCUUAUCAGCACCUACGACAUUCCUGAGAAGUGGGCCCGUUUCUACACUGCUGAGGUGGUGCUGGCUCUGGAUGCCAUUCACUCCCUCGGCUUCAUCCACCGGGACGUCAAGCCUGACAACAUGCUCCUGGACCGACUCGGACACCUCAAGCUGGCAGAUUUCGGAACCUGCAUGAAGAUGGACUCUACAGGGUUGGUGCGCUGUGACACUGCGGUGGGGACUCCUGACUACAUCGCCCCCGAGGUGUUAAAGUCACAGGGGGGUGAUGGUUACUAUGGGCGCGAGUGUGACUGGUGGGCUGUAGGGGUUUUCCUGUUCGAGAUGCUGACUGGUGAAACUCCUUUUUAUGCGGACUCUCUGGUGGGAACAUACAGCAAGAUCAUGGAUCAUAAAAACUCCCUAAACUUCCCAGAUGACACAGAGAUCUCCAAGGAAGCCAAAAGUCUCGUCUGUGCUUUCUUGGAGGACAGGGAGGUGCGGCUGGGGCGCAGCGGGGUGGAGGACAUCAAACAGCACCCUUUCUUCAAGAAUGAACAGUGGACCUUCGGCACCAUCCGAGAGACGGUCGCUCCGGUGGUGCCAGAGCUGAGCAGUGACAUUGACACCAGCCACUUUGAUGAGUUUGAGGAUGAGAAGCUGGACGUGGAGCCAUUUCCUCAGCCGAAGGCCUUUGCAGGAAACCAGCUGCCCUUUGUGGGCUUCACUUUCUUCAAGGAGGACCAGCUGCUGAGAGAGGAAGGCCGCCAUACACCCAUCAAACAAGAGGGCUGUGUAACGUCAGAUGAGCUGCAGAAGCGGCUGCAACAGCUGGAGCAGGAUCUCAGCAGGCAGCUGCAGGCUAAAGACGAGCUGGAGAUCAGGUGCAGAACUGCCUGUAUUCGUCUUGACAAACUCUCCAAAGACCUUGAUGAAGAGAUGAGCUGCAGGAAGAAUGCAGAGCUGUCUCUGUUGGAGCUGGAGAAGGAGAGAGUCCUGCUGCAGCAUCAGAGCGCUGAGCUUCAGAAGAGAGCUGAGAGUGAAGCCGACCGCAGGCGCUGCGUACAGAACGAGGUCAAUAGUCUGCGUGAGCAGCUGGAGGGCAUAAAGAAGAAGAAUCAGAGCUCUCAGAUCAGCAGUGACCGGAGUGCUGUUCUGCAGAGAGAGCUAGAGGAAGCGAACGCUCUGCUGCGGGUGGAGUCUGAGGAUGUGGGGCGGCUGAGGAAGACCCAGGCCGAGAUGACGAAGCAGAUUCAGCAGCUGGAGCAGACGGUGAGGCAGCUGCAGGACAGGAGCAGCCAGCUGGAGAGCUGCAAGCUGGAGCUGGAGAAGGACGUCAGAAGCCUGCAGUCCGCGCUGGAGUCUGCGAAGAGAGACCUGAGUCAGGGCUCAGAGACCGUCUCAGGCCUGCAGGGGAGCCUCUCCGCACUGCAGGGCGAGACGCUGCAGCUGAAGGCCCAUCUGACCAAAACGGAGACAGAGAACAGAGUCCUGCUGGAGCAGCUCACUGACCUGGAAAAGGAGAAGAGCAGGCAGGAGGUGGAUGUGACGUACAGGCUGAAGGCCCUACAGCAGGCUCUGCAGCAGGAGGAGGUGGAGCACAAGGCCACAAAGGCCCGCCUCCUCGACAAGAGCAGGAUGUGCCAGUCCAUGGAGGAGGCCAAGUCUGAGGCCAGCAGGGAGCUGGAGCAGCAGCUGCAGGAGGAGCUUGCAGCUAAGCAGCGCGUGGAGCGGCAGCUGCUGGAGCUGCAGAAACGCAGCUCCCUGCAGGACUGCGAACACAAGCAGGCGCAGCAGCACCUGGAUGAGCUGCACAGACACAGGGAGCAGCUGGCUGAGGAGGUGCGGAGUCUGAGUGUAAAGGUGGAGCAGGAGUGUCAGAGGCACAGCCAGACUCAGAGUGAGCUGCAAGCCCAGAACCAGCAGGUGGCGACGCUGUGCAAGUCUGAGAAACAGCUGAAACAGGAGAUCAACCACCUGCUUGACCUGAAACAAAGCCUAGAAAAACAGAAUCAGGAACUGCGAAAUGAGCGGCAGGAGGCAGACGGGCAGGUGAAGGAUCUGCAGGACCAGCUGGAGGCCGAGCAAUAUUUUUCGACGCUGUAUAAGACACAGGUGCAUGAGCUGAAGGAAGAGUGUGAGACGAAGAACAAGCUGCUGGGAGACAUGCAGCGGAGAGUGCAGGACCUGCAGGAGGAGAGGGACUCCCUAGCGGGGCAGCUGGAGGUGUCCCUCACUAAGGCAGACUCUGAGCAGCUGGCCCGUUCUGUUGCCGAGGAGCAGUACUCAGAGCUGGAGAAAGAUAAGAUCAUCAAGGAGCUGGAGAUCAAGGAGAUGAUGGCCCGGCACAAGCAGGAGCUGGGGCAGAAAGACUCCACCAUCGCCUCGCUAGAAGAGGCAAACCGUACCCUGACUGCUGAUGUGGCAAACCUGGCCAACGAGAAGGAGGAGCUGAACUACGCACUGAAGGAGGCGCAGGACCAGCUGAAGAAGGCCAAGGAGGAGGAGCGGCAGCUGGAUGCUGUGAAAGCCGGCUUUGAGAAGCAGCUGCAGGCUGAGAGAACACUGAAGACCCAGGCAGUGAACAAGCUGGCUGAGAUCAUGAACAGGAGAGAGGUGUGUGCUGCAGGUCAUCGCCACGGCAAUGAUAUGGACAUACGCAGGAAGGAGAAGGAGAACAGGAAGCUGCAGCUGGAGCUACAGUCAGAAAGAGAGAAGCUCAACAGCACCAUCAUCAAAUACCAGAGAGAUAUCAACGAGAUGCAGGCGCUGAUAGCUGAUGAGAGUCAGGUGCGUAUCCAGCUGCAGAUGGCUCUGGACAGUAAGGACAGUGACAUUGAGCAGCUGCGCUGUCAGCUGACCUCCCUCAGCAUCCACUCCUUCGACUCCACCAGCAUCAGCAGCGGACCUGACGCCGAUGACGAUGGUUACCCCGUGCGCGUCACUCACUCCCGCUCCUCCAAGUCUCUGUCGUUCUCGUACCAGCGCACCUCGCAGUCUGUGUGCGUGGGCUCUAAGCCCCGCCCUGCCUCCCACACGCUCUUUGACUCUGAGGAGGAGGAGGAGGAUUUCGGAUCACAGAGCACUCCUCGGGCGCUUACCUGUGACCCAGCAGAGGCUGACCACCAAGAGACCAGGCUGGAGGGUUGGCUGUCCCUCCCAGUGAGAAACAGCACCAAGAGAUUUGGCUGGGAGAAGAAGUACGUGGUGGUCAGCAGUAAGAAGAUUCUGUUCUACAACAGUGAGCUGGACAAAGAGCAGUCCAAUCCCUACAUGGUCCUGGACAUUGAUAAGCUCUUCCAUGUGCGGCCAGUCACCCAUACGGAUGUGUACCGCGCCGAUGGCAGAGAGAUCCCGCGGAUAUUCCAGAUCCUGUAUGCAAAUGAGGGGGAGAACAAGAAGGACCAGGAACUGGCCUUGGAGCCACUGACUGUAGCAGAACAAUCCAGCUACAUCUGCCACAAGGGUCACGAAUUCAUCCCCACCCUCUACCACUUCCCCUCCACCUGCGAGGCCUGCCCCAAGCCCCUGUGGAACAUGUUCAAGCCCCCGCCCGCGCUGGAGUGCCGGCGCUGCCACAUCAAGUGUCACAAAGAACACAUGGACAAGAAGGAGGAGGUCAUCGCUCCCUGCAGGGUGAACUAUGAUGUGUCGAUGGCUAAGGACCUGCUGCUGUUGGCUGAGUCUCAGGAGGAGCAGCAGCGCUGGGUUUGCCGACUGCUCAAGAGGAUCCCCAAAAAGUCCCCAGUACCCCAGCCCUGUGCCCGGAGCUCACCCUGCUCCUCCCCCCAGCCCAGCAAGAAGGUGCAGCCGAGCCCCCGCGCCAAACGGCCCAGCCGCCCCGCCCUCCCCAGCCAGCCCAGCUGACCACAUUUAUUAGAUGUUUUGGUGGAACUCCUACCAGCUGAUCGAUGUUCUUACAAACACAAAGAAAAAUAAUGUUCUGGGUAUAUCAAAGACAAUAACUGAUGAAGCACAAACUUGAUGUAUACCAUAUGAUUCACUGAAGACCCCCUAUGGCACUCCGACCUCCCCCCCCCACCUGUUACCCCAGCAACAGGCACACACAAAGGGGGGGGGGGGCAACGGUCAGCUAGUCCUGGACAACAGUGACCGCAGUGACCACAGUGAGAAGAGUGACCACAUUGAGAACAGUGACCGCAGUGACCACAUUGAGAACAGUGGGAACAGUGACCGCAGUGACCACAUUGAGAACAGUGGGAACAGUGACCUCAGUGUCUACAUGCACAGUGUCUACAUUGGGAAAUACUAACACUUCAUUGAGAGAACUGAACUGCAUGUCCACCACUGGAAGGAGGCUUUCAAACAAAGAUAAAUGCCACACAUAUUCAUGCUAGAGAACAUACGUAAAUGUGAGGUUGAAAUAUUGAUUACAAAUAUCUAGAAUUGACUUUUUUGUCUGUCAGGCCAUACAUAUCAUUCAUUGUCAAAUGUAAAAUAUUUUAUUAUAUAUUUGAAUAUUAU